AUGUCAGGAGUUGACUCUGGCAUCUGGCACCCGCCUAAGAAAAUACUCAGUGGCCAUAUUAUCCAAAAGCAUCGCCAAUUCAACGCCGAUUCAAUGUCGAUUCAGCGACGAAUCAACGACGCUCAUCGCUAUGGUGCUCACUGGAUAGAUUUAUUUGAAUUUGAAUUUGAAUUUGAUGGUGUGUGGUCGGGGAAGGGCGCCAGCGUACAGGGACGGGGCACUGGUGAGGUGGACUGGACGAGGAGCCAGUUUGUUAUGGAGUGUCUCAGUGAGCACAACAGGCUCCGCUCCCUGCACUCAGCACCACCCUUGGUCCUCUGCGAAGAGCUUUGCAACGACGCCCAAGCCUGGGCCAACAGACUGGCGCACUUUGGCAUCCUCGAGUACAGUUCCGAACACGGACGAGGCGAGAACAUUAUGACUUCGUCUGCCAAGGAGGGUCUGACAGGGUGUGCUGUUGCCCGGGGGUGGUACGAAACGGGGCGUAACUUCAAGUAUGACAUGAACGGUUCAGCUGACCUCGCACACGCUGGGCCCUUUUCACAGGUGGUGUGGGAGUCAACAAGAGCUGUGGGUGUAGGCUGCGCCAGGGGGUCUGACAGCCGCAUGGUAGUGGUAGCGCGCUACUGGCCACAGGGUAACAUCGGAGGCCAGUUCAGCACCAAUGUCAAGCCCCCCACCAGUGACUGCCCCCUCACUCCUGUCAACACUGGAACACCAACCAUGUCCCGUACCCGUCAGGAGGCGCACUUCUAUGUCAGUAUUGCCCUGGAACCUCCAGGGAAGAACAAAAAGGUUGAGAAAGAGAAGAUCGUUGCAGCCCUUAAACUGCCAACCAAAAAGAUAAUUGGUGAUGAUGGAGUGUCUGGGGAAACGCUACUGGCACACCCCACAACUUUGGAAACCUUAGGCCACUCCUUCACUGUUUGUCGCAAUGGCGCUGUCAGAACCUCCAAGUUGUUUCCCAUCUGCUGUGUGACACCUGCCAAGACAGAAGAGCGAUGGGCAACCCCUAGCACUCGCACCCAAUACCAGACACAGCAGCCACAGUCUCAAGCUGACUUGGCCAUUAUCAGACGAACAGUAGAGGAGGUGAGACCAGGAUGCACAGGCUCCAAAUUAGAAACUGGAGUGCACCUCAGUGCAGAACCUUUACAGAAAUAUAAAUCUAACUUAAAAGCAUCUACUAGGUUAGGGGUCUCACCAAGACUAGCAGUUUCACCUAGAUUAGGAGUCACAACUAGACUAGGAACAUCGCCUAAAUUGGGUGCUCUACCAAAAAUUGCUGCCUCCAGAAUGACUGGAUCACCUAAGCUUAUUGCCACCUCUCGGUUUGGCGGGUCACCUAAGCGAGGCUCGCCUAAACGCUCAGUGUUGCGACGUGGUGGCUCCCCCAAGCCAGGAUCAUCACCUCGUCGAAGUGCCACCUCACGUCUCCGGGCUUUGACAGCGGCUGGGGAACAUAGUGUUAUUGUUGCCACGCUCUAGCAAAAAACCAAACUAUGCAGGACGAGUGAUUGUUUUAUUGUUAAUACAGUAUUGUUACCACGGUGGCCCUAUGAACCCACAAAACAAGUUAAAACAAAUUUUCAGUUAAUUUCAAUCACAGAAAUGUGAGUGUGUGUGUGUGUGCAACGCAGGAGAGGUGCAUGAUGCAGGAGUGUGUGGUGGCCUCAAGGUUGUAGCAAGUGGCUCUAUAUACAUACUACACAGCUCCCUAGUGUGUAACAGCACUGGCCUGGCAACAUGAAGUACCCUGCUCACCCUGCUACCUUAGUGAGUCUGUUGCUCUGCACACCUGUAGCUGCAUUCAUAAUGCCCAAAGCACUUAUUUCGCUCAUUCACAUUAACAUUCUAUAAAUCUUUAGCCUCAUCAAUUAUGUGCACCUCGUCUACAGUUCCAGACUUGAUUCUUCAGUGUCAACAGCUGGUGCAGUGUGGGCAGCUGGUGCAGUGUUGGCAGCUGGUGCAGUGUAGACAGUGCAGGUCAGUCCUGUGGUGCUACAUGGGCAGUGUGUAUCUGUGUAGGGUAUAACUAAGUCAAGGUUUGUAGGUCCCAUUCCAGCUCAACAAAUGCGCUUAUGACCCAUUACAUUCAAGACAAUCAGAACCCUUGCAAAAAACAAGUUUUGAACGUUAGCCGUUCUUGCAGCCGUAAUAAUUAACUAUAAAAAACUUGCCCAAUUAUCCUGUGGUCUUAUAAAUUUCAAACUCUGCAUAAGAUCAAUUGCAAUAUACUGGAUGUCCUUGGAUGUAAUGUCUAUGAGUCGUGAGUGUGAUUUUGAAUAUAUCAGUAAGUGAUAAACAAAACGUGGUAAUGAACUCUCUUGUCUGAUCAUGCAAUUUAAAAGUGUGACAUGACUCAGUCCAGGAGUUGUAACAUGUUAGUGCCAAGAUAGGAUAAGUUCCUCUUGACUUAUUGUGCUAAAAAUAACAAAUUGUGCUAUUUUCUUAGUUUGGCCUUAAGGCUUCGUCAAUCCCCGCAAGCAUCACCACCACAUAUUUUAUACAUUUUUCUUGUUUGACCCUAAUUGACUCCAUUCCCUUCUCACCCCACCUCGCUAACAUAUCACAGAGCAAUGCUCCCAUUGGAGCCAUCCUCUCUCGCUCACCUACCCUUUACCUUGAAUCUAGUGGGGACCACCUUGCUGAUGGCACUCUGGGGACUGACCUUAUUAAGCAAUAUUGUGGUAGCUGAUUUGGCUGAUCUUAUUACAGGAUUCUGUUGAAAGGCUGAUUUGUCAGUGAGGGAUUAGAGAGGAAUUUUUGAGUUCGAGGGUUUUGGGAUGCACAUUAAAACGAGUUCUGUGGGAGACUGACUUCAUUCGAAGCUGUAGUGGGUACCUUGAUGAGGGGACAUGUAGGGAUUGACCUUGUUGUGGGGAGGACUGACUUUACUGGUGUCUUUUCCACUGGGUGGGGUUCCAGGGUGUGACAUGACUUGGACUUAUCAUAAAAGGGGGUUUUAGGACCGAGUUAAUAAUGAGGAUAAUCCAGAGUACUAGCUAAGUGGAAAGUAGAAGUUAGGAAGAUUGAUGGAUAUGACCAGCUGAUGACCAAGAAAGAUAGAUGGAGAUGACCUGGGUAGGUAAAUGAUUACCAGGAAAGGUAGACAGAUGCAAGCACAGAAGAGGAAAGGAAGCUCAUAAUUAAGCAAUGGAAUAAGAAACAUGUGAAAAAGCAUUAGAGAGGCAAAACUUACGGAAUGGAAAGAUUAAUAUUUUAACCAAAGAUAAAGAUAUUAUAUGAGAAUAACGAAAAGUAUAGAUCAUUCGCUCAGAUCAUCAGGAAUUUGAGUUUGGACCCCAAAAGUAUUAGACUGUCGUCUCAUACUUUUGAGGCCAGAGUUGGAUUCCGUGAUGGUCUAAGUUAAUGAAAUGUUACUACCCACGCUAUUGUGGAUUGUGUCUUUAGCGAUAUACAGUAUUAAUCACAUCAGACUAAUAGGGAUUAAAAUAGAUCAAAGCCACAGCCAGAAGUUUAAGAUAUAAUAACUUCAAUCCUCAAAUGCCCAUAUGUAGUGCAUAUUACAAGGCCAGUCACUGCAACACUUGCUACAUAGGCAACUAUUCUUAAGUCCACACCUUCACGCAAAGCCAAAAUUGCACAAGUAGGAAAGGUUAGAAUAAGAUAUUUAGAUAAAACACUGAGGACAGUUUUGCGAGAUUGGUCCGUUAAUUCGGAAAAUUACAAGUUGUGAUAUUUGCACAAGUAAUUGUCUGGCUCUCAGUUAAAAUCAUGGUGGUCUGAAGGAAAUAUACCUACAUUGUUGACCUGUCUGUGAUGAUGGUCUUUUGUCAAACCCAGAAAGGUAUAAAGUCUUUAAAAUGUUAUCUAUCAGACAGAUGAGCUAUGUUUCAGCUUCAUAUAAGAAACUUUGGUAGCACAUCUAUAUAAUUCAGUAUAUUACAGUAUACUGUGUAUGUAUGUAUGUAUGUAUGUAU